AAAGUUCGCCCCAUCAUCACGCACUGCACAAUGGAUGAGCAGUUGCAGAUUGCCGCAGAGAAUGGAGAUGUUGAUGCAUUGUAUACUAGACUUGCCCAGGAUCCAUAUCUUCUGGACCGUAUUGAUCGGAUACCGAUAGUUGAUACUCCUUUGCACGUGGCUGCCAGGGCAGGGAAGCCCCACUUUGCCAUGGAAGUUGCAAACUUGAAGCCAUCACUUGCUUGGAAACUAAACCACGUGGGACUUAGUCCUUUUCAUCUUGCUUUGCAGAAUAAGUGCACAUAUAUGGUGAGAGGACUAAUCGCUACUGACAGUCAGCUAAUCCGUGUCAAAGCAAAGGGGAUGAUUACACCUUUACACUAUUUAGCCCAAACAGACGAUGCUGAUCUAUUAGCUGAAAUUUUAUCUGCUUGUCCAUCGUCUGUUGAGGACACCACAAUUCACUGUGAGACUGCAGUGCAUAUCGCUGUGAAAAACUGCUCAAUUGGAGCUUUCAAAGUCCUUCUGGGAUGGCUUCGACGAAUCGACAAAGAAGACAUUCUGAACUGGAAGGAUGAGGAUGGUAACACUGCCCUGCAUAUUGCCACUUCUACUAAUCUGACAGAGGUCCUGAAGUUGUUGGUUAAGAAUGUCAAUGUGAAUGUCAAGAACUUCAAUGGUUUGACCGCUAUGGAUAUAUUCCACCUUCAAGGAACAUUGCAGAACAUAGAGAUUGGUAAGACUCUACGCCGUGCUAAAGCAAAAAAAGCAUCUGAUCUUCCCCCAGAUGUGACUCUUGGAGAUUACUUGAGCAGGGAAUUAACUCUGAUUGAAAAACGGGACAAAUAUUUUGGUAUUAAUUCCCAAAAAAGUCCUAGUGAUGUCCGAAGUGUAGUUCUUGUAGUUGCUAUACUGAUUGCAACAGCGACCUACCAGGCUGGACUUAGCCCUCCUGGCGGGUACUGGCAAGAUGACUACAAUCCAUCAGCAAACAAUGGAAGCAACAACAGCAACACGAGCCUUGGGCAGGGGCAAAGACAGCACCGUGCGGGGCAGAUAAUCAUGGGGCCUCAGUAUCUGUUCUAUUUUUUCACUCUCAACAGUUGUGCUUUUUAUUUGUCUGUGUGGACAAUUCUCGUUGUUAUAAUUGGGCUCCCAUAUUCCGUAACUCUUUCUACAUCUACAUCUCUUCUCCUUUGUGCUUAUUAUUCUUCGCUGGAUAGUACCUUUCCAACCCGGCAAAACUCCACGGCUUUCAUCGUUGCGAGGGCUUUAUACAUAUCUUUUAUUUACUUAUCUGCAGUACUGGUCUAUUCAAUUCCUUUGGCAGCAUAUCGUAAAUAUGAAAAGCUUAAACGCCGGGUGGAUACAAUUAGAGGAAGCAAGAUACUUACCGGUCCUGGAACAUGAAGAAGAGGAAACUAUAUGUAUUUGUUAUUUUGUUAGAGUUGAUUUGAGUUUGGUAUCAAUUUAAGAUUUUGUCCAAAAAAAUAACAUAGAUACACUACUUAUUUGGUUUGGAGUCUCGUUUAGCUUGACAAGAGUUCGGAUGCCAGACGCUGAGUCUUGUU